CGCACUCCUGGAGAUAGACGCUCAAGCCUGACGCCUCUGAAAAGGCAGCGGCAGUCGCCUUAGCCAUAGACCUCAGGAAAUUCGCUUUGACCGAUGCAUACUUCAGUCUCUGGCUCGAGCUAAAGGGAAUAAUCGGGCAGAUUGCUUGGUCCUUACAAAAAGAAAAAUUUAAGCCAAAAUGCAUCACCAACACAUAACCAGUUGAUAUGCGGGCAUCUUAGCUUGGUCUUGCAGAGGAGGAGAGAAACGAAGAGGAGCUGUUGUGAUGUCUACAUCUUAACAGCUUAGCGAUUUCAGUUUCUGGGUUUGAGCUCCACUGCUGGGGACGGAAAAAUAGAGGCAAAAUCCAACCUGUGAGGUCGUGCGCAAGGAUUCUUUGGCUGCAGUGGAGCUGGAAGUCCAUGAUAUGACAGAAGAAGCAGGCCUUUGAAGCUGCUCUGGGCUUUAAAGUGGUGUCCGAAAAAGGCAAGGAACUCCUUCUCCCAUCAGGUUUGGGACAUUACGGCUGGAGGAGAAACACUGGAGACAUUCACAGGCAUCCAAGGAUAUUGGUUUCUCGCUGGCUUCUUGUACUUCCCUAAGUAUCUGACUCUUUUUGCCUGGUACCACUGGAGGUACCUGCUAGAUGAUAGUAUUUGAGGAGUGAAGCCUCUGUGAACACCUCCCUGAACCAGUUCAUCGGGCUCCAAUGGAUCAGUGAUUUCUCUUGACUUCUGUUGACACCUUUCCAGUACGUUGCCUCCAAAGUGUAUCCCCACUUUGGUCUGGAAGUUCUGUGGCUGCCCUGUACCGCUGAGGUCUACAUUUUCCAGUUGGGAGGGGACUAUAGGGAGAGAGGGAGGGGUUGCUGGAAGAAGAAGAAGAAAAAAAGAGCUAGAUAGAGGAGGGGGCAUCCCUCCCACUCCCGCCCAUCCCCUCACCCCACUUCCUCUCCGGACCCUCAAUUCUACACCACGGUGUCCGGGACCAUUUUGACCCUGUCGGCCCCGGCACCCCCCCGCCGCACCCCAGCCCCGAGCAUGGGGACGGCGCUUCUCCAGCGCGGGGGCUGCUUUCUCCUGUGCCUCUCGCUGCUGCUCCUGGGCUGCUGGGCCGAGCUGGGCAGCGGGCUGGAAUUCCCGGGCGCCGAGGGCCAGUGGACGCGCUUCCCCAAAUGGAACGCCUGCUGCGAGAGCGAGAUGACCUUCCAGCUCAAGACGCGCAGCGCCCGCGGCCUCGUGCUCUACUUCGACGACGAGGGCUUCUGCGACUUCCUGGAGCUCAUCCUGACGCGCGGGGGCCGCCUGCAGCUCAGCUUCUCCAUCUUCUGCGCCGAGCCCGCCACGCUGCUGGCCGACACGCCGGUCAACGACGGCGCCUGGCACAGCGUGCGCAUCCGCCGCCAGUUCCGCAACACCACCCUCUUCAUCGACCAGGUGGAGGCCAAGUGGGUGGAGGUCAAGUCCAAACGCAGAGACAUGACGGUGUUCAGCGGCCUCUUCGUCGGGGGGCUGCCCCCGGAACUGCGCGCCGCCGCGCUCAAGCUCACUCUGGCCUCGGUGCGGGAGCGCGAGCCGUUCAAGGGCUGGAUUCGCGACGUGAGGGUCAACUCCUCGCAGGCCCUGCUCCUGGACAGCGGGGAGGUGAAGCUGGACGACGAGCCGCCCCACAGCGGCGGCGGGAGCCCGUGCGAGGCGGGCGAGGAGGGCGAGGGCGGGGUGUGUCUCAACGGAGGCGUGUGCUCCGUGGUGGACGACCAGGCCGUGUGCGACUGCUCGCGAACCGGCUUCCGCGGCAAGGACUGCAGCCAAGAAGACAACAAUGUGGAAGGUCUGGCGCAUCUGAUGAUGGGCGACCCAGGUAAAAGUAAAGGAAAAGAAGAAUAUAUUGCUACUUUCAAGGGAUCUGAAUACUUCUGCUACGACUUGUCUCAAAACCCCAUUCAAAGCAGCAGUGAUGAAAUAACUCUAUCCUUUAAAACCCUUCAGAGGAAUGGACUCAUGCUUCACACCGGGAAAUCGGCUGAUUAUGUCAAUCUUGCCCUGAAAAAUGGAGCUGUCUCUCUGGUCAUUAAUUUGGGAUCAGGGGCCUUUGAAGCACUAGUGGAGCCAGUGAACGGAAAGUUUAAUGAUAAUGCCUGGCAUGAUGUGAAAGUCACCAGGAAUCUGCGUCAGCACUCAGGCAUUGGACACGCUAUGGUGACAAUAUCAGUGGAUGGGAUUCUUACCACAACGGGCUACACGCAAGAAGAUUAUACCAUGCUGGGGUCUGAUGACUUUUUCUAUGUUGGAGGCAGUCCCAGCACAGCCGACCUGCCAGGGUCACCAGUCAGUAACAACUUCAUGGGCUGUCUCAAAGAGGUUGUGUAUAAAAACAAUGAUGUAAGACUGGAAUUAUCUCGACUUGCCAAGCAAGGAGACCCCAAGAUGAAGAUCCACGGCGUGGUGGCAUUCAAAUGUGAGAAUGUGGCAACUUUGGACCCAAUCACCUUUGAGACACCAGAGUCUUUCAUCUCUUUGCCUAAGUGGAAUGCAAAGAAAACAGGCUCCAUAUCAUUUGAUUUCCGCACGACAGAGCCCAAUGGCCUCAUCUUGUUUAGCCACGGCAAGCCAAGACACCAAAAAGAUGCCAAGCACCCACAGAUGAUAAAGGUUGACUUCUUUGCAAUUGAGAUGCUGGAUGGCCACCUCUACCUCCUCCUGGACAUGGGGUCAGGUACUAUCAAAAUAAAAGCUCUGCAGAAGAAGGUGAAUGAUGGAGAAUGGUAUCAUGUGGACUUCCAGAGGGACGGACGGUCAGGUACCAUUUCUGUCAACACGCUGCGCACACCUUAUACCGCUCCUGGCGAGAGUGAGAUCCUGGACCUGGACGAUGAGCUAUACCUCGGGGGGUUGCCAGAAAAUAAGGCCGGCCUCGUCUUUCCCACUGAGGUGUGGACUGCGCUGCUCAACUAUGGCUACGUGGGCUGCAUCCGGGAUUUGUUCAUUGACGGCCAGAGCAAAGACAUCCGGCAAAUGGCUGAAAUUCAAAGUACUGCUGGAGUGAAGCCCUCCUGCUCAAGGGAGACAGCAAAACCGUGCCUUAGCAACCCCUGCAAAAACAAUGGCAUUUGCAGGGACGGGUGGAACAGAUAUGUCUGUGAUUGUUCCGGAACAGGCUAUCUUGGCAGGUCCUGCGAGAGAGAGGCAACGGUUUUGAGCUAUGAUGGAAGUAUGUUUAUGAAAAUCCAGCUUCCAGUGGUGAUGCACACAGAGGCUGAGGACGUGUCCUUACGAUUCCGAUCCCAACGUGCCUACGGCAUUCUCAUGGCAACCACCUCUAGAGAUUCUGCAGACACCCUACGCCUGGAGCUAGAUGCAGGGCGUGUGAAACUGACGGUCAACCUAGAUUGUAUCAGGAUUAACUGUAAUUCCAGCAAAGGUCCCGAAACCCUUUUUGCCGGCUAUAACCUCAAUGAUAACGAAUGGCACACAGUGCGCGUGGUUCGUCGAGGAAAAAGUUUGAAGUUAACCGUGGAUGACCAACAAGCCAUGACAGGUCAAAUGGCAGGCGAUCACACAAGGCUGGAGUUCCAUAACAUAGAGACUGGCAUCAUCACUGAACGACGGUAUCUGUCUUCUGUUCCCUCCAACUUCAUUGGUCACCUGCAAAGCUUGACAUUUAAUGGGAUGGCAUACAUUGACUUGUGUAAAAAUGGCGACAUUGAUUAUUGUGAGCUCAAUGCCAGAUUUGGCUUCAGGAACAUCAUAGCCGACCCUGUCACCUUCAAAACCAAAUCGAGCUAUGUUGCCUUAGCUACAUUGCAAGCCUACACCUCUAUGCAUCUUUUUUUCCAGUUUAAGACAACAUCCCUAGAUGGACUAAUUCUAUAUAACAGUGGGGAUGGAAAUGACUUCAUUGUGGUUGAAUUAGUUAAAGGGUACCUACAUUAUGUGUUUGAUUUGGGAAAUGGUGCUAACCUCAUCAAAGGGAGCUCAAAUAAACCUCUCAAUGACAAUCAAUGGCACAAUGUGAUGAUAUCAAGGGACACCAGCAAUCUCCACACUGUAAAGAUUGACACUAAAAUCACAACACAGAUAACAGCAGGAGCCAGGAACUUAGACCUCAAAAGUGACUUGUAUAUAGGAGGAGUGGCUAAAGAAACAUACAAAUCCUUGCCAAAACUGGUCCACGCCAAGGAGGGCUUCCAAGGCUGCCUGGCUUCAGUUGAUCUAAAUGGAAGGCUUCCGGACCUCAUCUCAGAUGCCCUUUUCUGCAAUGGACAGAUUGAGAGAGGAUGUGAAGGGCCCAGCACAACCUGCCAAGAGGACUCGUGUUCCAAUCAAGGUGUGUGCUUGCAGCAGUGGGACGGCUUCAGCUGUGACUGCAGCAUGACUUCCUUCAGUGGGCCCCUCUGCAAUGACCCUGGGACAACGUAUAUCUUUAGCAAAGGCGGUGGACAGAUCACGUAUAAGUGGCCUCCUAAUGACCGACCAAGUACACGGGCAGACAGACUGGCCAUCGGGUUUAGCACUGUUCAGAAAGAAGCUAUACUGGUGCGAGUGGACAGUUCUUCAGGCCUGGGUGACUACCUAGAGCUUCAUAUACACCAAGGAAAAAUUGGAGUUAAAUUUAAUGUUGGGACAGAUGACAUCGCCAUUGAAGAGUCCAAUGCAAUCAUCAAUGAUGGGAAAUACCAUGUAGUGCGUUUCACAAGGAGUGGCGGCAAUGCCACAUUGCAGGUGGACAGCUGGCCAGUGAUCGAGCGCUACCCUGCAGGAAACAAUGAUAACGAGCGCCUGGCGAUUGCUAGACAGCGAAUUCCAUAUCGACUUGGUCGAGUAGUUGAUGAAUGGCUACUCGACAAAGGGCGUCAGCUCACAAUCUUCAAUAGCCAAGCAACCAUAAUAAUUGGCGGGAAAGAGCAGGGCCAGCCCUUCCAGGGCCAGCUCUCUGGUCUUUACUACAAUGGCUUGAAAGUUCUGAAUAUGGCAGCCGAAAAUGAUGCCAACAUCGCCAUAGUGGGAAAUGUGAGACUGGUUGGUGAAGUGCCUUCCUCUAUGACAACCGAGUCGACAGCCACUGCUGUGCAGUCAGAGAUGUCCACGUCCAUUAUGGAAACCACCACGACCCUAGCUACUAGCACAGCCAGAAGAGGAAAGCCCCCUACGAAAGAACCCGUUAGCCAGACCACAGAUGACAUCCUUGUGGCCUCAGCAGAGUGUCCCAGCGAUGACGAGGACAUUGACCCCUGUGAGCCGAGCUCAGCCAACCCCACUCGAGCAGGUGGGAGAGAGUCAUACCCAGGCUCAGCAGAAGUGAUCCGGGAGUCCAGCAGUACCACGGGCAUGGUCGUUGGGAUAGUAGCCGCUGCCGCCCUGUGCAUCCUCAUCCUCCUCUACGCCAUGUACAAGUACAGAAACCGGGAUGAAGGCUCAUACCAUGUGGACGAGAGCCGCAACUACAUCAGUAACUCAGCACAGUCCAAUGGGGCUGUCGUAAAGGAGAAACAGCCCAGCAGUGCGAAAAGCGCCAACAAAAGCAAGAAAAACAAGGAUAAAGAGUAUUACGUCUGA